AUGUUUAGUUCUUGUCCACAGGAUAUCGCCUGCGAAAACGGCAAAAUGUUUCUUUAAAAUUUAUAUCAAUUACACGUAUUCCCAGUCAAAAUAUACGUUUAGCUUUAUUGUAAAAUCAAUCAUCCCUUUGUCUAUUAAUCUGUCUCUCUAGCAAACAAUAUAAAACUAUUUCUCAUCAAGAGGCGAUAUUACUUUAGUUAAAAAAAAAAAAGAAAAAAAAUUAGUACUGUUAGGAAAAAAAAAUACUUGCACGUGCAAGGAUACGGAGUACAUGCUUACGCCCGUUUGCAUAUGCAAUUGCGUAUUUGCUUGAUUCCCGCAGCGAUCGUGUGUGUUUGUUCGUGUGUGGCUGAGUCGGAGAAGGUCAGCGGCGUGCGCAGGACCUCCUCAGCUACUGUGUACGAAUAGCUAAUGACACAAGAUGAUCAGUCUCAUCUGGACCCCGUCCCGCCAUGCUUCAGAAAACACGUUCCGGACCGGGGGGAAGAUCUUGUGAACGGCAUAGAAACAAACGUAUAUUAUUCUAUAUAUAAAAUACGACGUAUGUGUUAGCGUUGAAAAGGUUGAAGGUUGGAGUCGCGUAUUUUAUUACUUUGGCAUUUGAGGAUCAUCUGCUGAUUGGAAAAGUAAUUAAAUGACAAAAUUUUACGCCGCAAAAGGCAGUACCUGGGAAGCCCGUAAUGAUAACGCGUAUAUUAUAGGAAAAUGGUGAUAACGACAGCUGCGAGGCAUGUGAUUCAUAACGCAGUCAAAGUGAUCGAGUAACCUACCAUUCGAACGCAUGUGUACAAAUGUAAAACGCUUCGAAAUAAGCGUAACAUGUACAAGAUGUGGGCACAGGUCGUAGCCACCAGGUCUCGGCGAUGUGUAGCGUGCAUGGUGUUGGCGUGCAUCUUGCUCACUGUGCAGGUUAUCACGCAUCAGGUUAGACAAGAGACCGUUGUGGACGAGAGUAUAAACCCACAGCAGUUAACGACUAUGUUGAAACAAGAUGAAGAGGCCUUCAAGCUUCCGAUCGUGCCGCCCAAGGGAUUUGAUCUGAGAGCGGCGCAAGCCGGGAAAGCGAAAGGGGACAUCUUGAAGAAUCUCUCAGAACUCGACAUCAAGCAGUUGCAGAAAGUGCAGCAAUUCGUCAACUCCGCACACGACCCCCAGGCAGUUGAAGAUUUUCGAAUUGAGCAAGCCCUGCAGUCACUCAAAGUUCGAUUAUUAGAGGAGAUUAGCGGGCAGAAGUUCCCGGCGAUCUUGGACGCAGCCACGCGCGGCCAGGCGAUCUCUGACCGAGCCCGCCCCAGCCGACGCCAGAUUGUGAUAUCGACGACAUGGCGCUCAGGCUCUACUUUCCUGGAGGAGCUGCUGUCGUCACACCCCGCCGUCUACAACCACUACGAGCCCCUCAUGCAGUUCGGCCUCAGGCAGAUCCGCGAGGGACAGGACUCGGUCAAGGCACAGAAUCUGCUUCAUGAUCUUCUUGCGUGCAGGUACAAGGCGAAGUCGGAGUACAUGAACACAGCGCUGAACAUCAAGGAGAUGUUCACGAGGAACGUGUUGGUGUGGCAGACCUGCAGCAACCAGCAGAUCGGCGAUUCGCUCUGCUACAACGACGCCUUCCUAAAGGGCGCCUGUCAGCUCUUCCCUUGGUCUACAAUGAAGAUCGUGAGGCUGAGGCUGAAGCUCCUGCGGCCGAUCUUGGAGGACUCGAAGCUGAACGCGCGGAUCGUGUACCUGGUGAGGGACCCGCGCGGGGUCAUGAACUCCCGCUUCGACACCGUGAAGUGGUGCCACUCGUCCGACUGCAACGACCCCUCGUACCUUUGCAGCGACAUGGACGACGACCUCACGGCAGCCCUUGAGCUGAGGAAGGAAUUCCCGGGUCUCGUUUACAUCCUCCGGUACGAGGACAUGUCCCUGAGCCCAGUCAACAAAACCAAGGAGCUCCUGGACUUCUUGGGACUGGACUUCGACCCCAAGAUGCAAGAGUUCCUGGAUUCGCACACGACCAAGAACUACGACAAGCCGUGGAGCACCUCGAGGGACUCCAAGACCCGCGUCACCUACUGGGCCUCCAAGCUGCAGGCCGAGAAGCUGAAGGGGAUCCAGGACGUGUGCACGCCCGUGAUGAAACGCUUCGGGUAUUUGCCCGUCAAUGCUACGAAAGAUAUCAGUCUCGAAAAGAUUUUAGAACCGUUGAAUUUACCUUAGAUUCGAGACUAGUGAUAAAGAGAUUCCUUUUUUUCCAAAAUACACUUCGAAUCAUUUCCAGAAAUAUCGUUUCCUGAAAUCGCCACAUUCACAUAAGCCCACAUUCAUUUCAUUUCUCAUUUGCCUUUCCAUCGCAUCAGUCAUCGAAGUCAGAAAACUCAUCACCUCAUCAUCAGUCUGGCAAUUCCUGCGAGAAGGAGUGAAGGCUCGACUUGGGACAGCCAGAGGCGAAUGGGCGGGACCAAAUAACUCAGUGCCUUCGUGACAUGUGCCUUUCGAAAAUCGUCUGUGAACCUCUUGUGUACCGUUGUGGAUGUCCUGUGGUUCUUCUUUGUGUAUUUUUGUAAUUACAUGGGAAUUCUUAA